GUCUAUUUCGUACCUCGUUUGUGACCAUAUCUAGCCACCGUACCGCCAUCUAAGUAAAAGAUGAACUUCACGUUACAGUAUCGACACAAAGAUACAAUGUGUGCAUCAUACUUCACAAUGGCCUUCUUAUACAUGCACGGAAUCUAAUAGAAUUGUAUACGUUCGACUACUUCCUAGUAUACAUCGUCUGGUGUCGCGUCAUUAUUUAAAAAAAAAAAGAAAAAAAAGAAUGGAGAAUGUAGGGAAGAUCAUCAUAGUAUGGGGCAGAAAAAGAAUCGAAAUUCCAGACGUGAACCUGGAUGAUACCGUUCGCGGUCUGAAAGAACGAAUAUACAAGGAAACUAACAUCCUUCCGGAACGUCAAAAACUUUUGAACCUUCGAACCAAAGACAAAGCAUGUCAAGAUGAGGAGAUCCUAAGGAACUUGGGCAUGAAGCCUGGAUUCAAGCUAAUGUUGAUGGGAUCUCGUGAAGAGGACAUAGCUAAAGUGUGUCACGCGCCAAAAGACUUACCUGAUGUAAUUAAUGACUUUAAGACUGAAGAGGAAGAGAUAGAGAUAGAGAAUGUUAAGCUGUGCUUGUUUCAAAUCCAAUGUAGAAUCGGUUUGUACAGGUUUGUAGAAUUAAAUCCAUUCAGAGAAGGAAAGAAACUACUGGUGCUCGAUAUAGACUACACCAUUUUCGAUCCCAAAUCAACAGCGGAAAGUGGUGUGGAAUUGAUGCGUCCCUUCCUACAUCAAUUUUUAACCCUGGCUUAUCUAAAUUAUGACAUAGUAAUUUGGUCAGCGACUAGUAUGAAAUGGAUUAAUGAAAAAAUGAAAGUGCUCGGUGUUUCCAGCAAUCCUUAUUACAAAAUAGCGUGUCACCUUGACUCCAAUGCUAUGAUCAAUGUUCACACAUCAAAAUAUGGUACUAUCACGGCAAAACCGCUUGCUAUCAUUUGGGGAAAAUACAAGCAGUUCUCUGCAAAAAAUACGAUCAUGUUCGACGAUAUCAGAAGGAACUUUAUUAUGAAUCCACAAUCGGGAUUAAAGAUAAAGCCAUUCAGACACGCGCACAUCACCAGAAGAAAAGACAGGGAAUUAUUAAAGUUAUCUCAAUACCUAAAAUUAAUAGCUAAAGUAGAUGAUUUUCAGACACUUAAUCACAGAAAAUGGCAAGAAUAUAUAAUCGAUAAAACCAAAGAAGAGAAGAAAACUAAGGAAGGAAAUGAAGGCAGGACCGAGUAACCGAAAUUUUUUUUUCUUUUUUUAAGAAUGUUAAAUGCUUGUCAAAUCUUACGAAUUUUUUCAUUACACAAACGGAUACAUUUCAAAUAUUUCAAGUAAAACCUAUCGACCAACCCGCGAGUUCACAGGCAAUUAUCAAAAUUUGUUUGGAAGAUGAACACAGUGUAUAGGAAGGACAUCUUUUAAAUAUUCUUCCAUGAACAAUAUACGUUGAUACGUUGAUACGUUGAUACGUUGAUUAAUCGUUAAUCGCAUAUUUUCACACGCUUCUUUGUAUUUAUGAUGUACUUAUCAGUUAUUGUGAAACAUAUAUAAAAUAUGUAAUCACAGAUUAUCGAAAUAAAUCUUGUGUAUUUCGAA